ACCAACGACCCCUUCAAAUGUUCAAAUUCAAGAUCAACACUUCCAACACUUGAAUUAUCCGAUUCUUGCAUAUUAAGCUUUUCCCCAUUUUUCAUAAAUCUACUCUCUUCCCGUUGAAAGAUCGUUUUAUAGUUCAGAUAAACUAUAUAUUCAAGUUAUGGCUUCUCUCAAACUCAGAAUCUCACUAUUUCUGAUGCUUCUUGCCACUGCUUUGCUUUCUUCUCCAGUGCUCUCUGAUGGUACAGAUGAAGAUAAGAUUCUUCAGGGCAUAAACAGUUACAGGACAUCCUUACGACUUCCAUCGCUUGCCCAGAAUGAUAAAGCAUCCUGUCUGGCCGAUAAAAUUGCAGACAAACUAGAGGACCGACCAUGUCCUCCAACUCCCACCACAGUCCAACAACAAGAUUACCCUGAAUUACUAGAAAAAUGUGGCAUUGACAGUAACCAUACUACAGACGGUGUCGUUUUGCCUGUUUGUGUGCCUAAAUUGGUUCAAACUCUUGUUCUUACCAAUUAUACACGCACGGAUCAUGCCAAGUACUUAAAUGACUCCAGGUUUACUGGAGCAGGACUUGGGUCCGAGGAUGAUUGGAUGGUCGUGGUUUUGACCACCAACACUCCCGGAGGUAACUUCGCCGGAGCUAUGAGUUUGUUUUCUAAGGUUGGUUUUGGUCAUUGCUUGAUGUGUUUGUUGCUUGGAAUGCUUGUUUAUGUAGUAGUGUAGUAGUAAUUGAAGUGCUUCCUAUAUGAUUUGUAUGUGAUCAUGUAUUUUGUGUGAUCUCGUAGCAGAAAUGUAAUAUGGUUGUUAAUUUUAUUUUCUGGACAUUCUCUUC